CAUCUUUGGGGCGCCGAGCCUUGGGCUGCCCAGUCGCGGCAAACCUAUCAACGAGAAACCUAUCAUUGGGGUAUUAAUGCAAAAAAUCAAUAAUGAAGAAAUGAAAAAAUUGGGACAAUACUAUAUCGCUGCAUCAUAUGUGAAGUAUCUAGAGUCUGCUGGAGCGAGAGUUGUACCAAUAAGAAUUAGAAGACUGCUGACCGUCCAAGAGUUCUUCCAAGGAUCUCACAACCAUGAUUUCUCUUUCUUUGUUCUUACUGUUAACUGAACUUUUAGAAGAGCAGAUAUCUACUGUGACUUAAAGGUUGUCAUCAACUGUUAUAGGUUAAUCCCAUUAUAUUUUCUGUGGAAAAGAGGAUACUAUAAUCAGUAUUAUGGAUAUUGUUAAGUAGUUUUCAAGGGCUGUUUGAUGAAGGGCUGAAUAAUUAGGCUAGUUUGCAGUGCUCUGUCUGUAAAUCUGCCCUUAGAUCUGAACUGCUAUGACUUCUGAAUACAUAGUAGUCCUCAGAUUGUGGCAGCUGGUUGGUGGGGAUAGGAUAAAAUAGGAAUUUGACAUGUAUUAUGUUUAUCUUCCAAAACUGCUUGCAAUUAAAUGUGAAAAUAAACUUCUUUUAUUGUCUGUACAUAAAACUACUGAGUUUUUAUAUUUUUUAAAAAGUUCUUAGCUAACAGAAAUUAACCGGUACCUAAUUCUUGUGGUCUUUAAUGUUUGUAAUGUAUGUUAAUACAUACAUUAUAAUGUUAAAUUUCAUUGGACCACAGAAAAACACACUAACCUAUCUGAUUAGCAAAACAAAGAUACAAUUAUAUGACUUUCAUGUAGUUUGAAAAAAAUUCCUCUAGAAAGAUAGAGAGAUUAGUGUCACAUAUUUAAGAAUUAUUUUUUCGGAGACUGCAGAACAUGGCGGACAGACAACAGCAGCUACUGAACGCUCUCUAAAGGCUCGGCUCAGAGGCCAGGAAUGAUGCGGACUAAGGAGAUACGAACCAGUAGAGAUAUGCUCUGCUGACUCAGGAACGAACUGGGCUGAGAGAAUCCAACUUGGAAUACAGUCCUGGCGCUAAAAUAGGAACAGAAAAAUCUCGGUGUGGAGGCUCGACUCCGCGCCAUUGGAAACCGCGGUUUGCAUUUCCCGCCGCCGCGGUUUGGAUUUCCCGCCGCCGUGGUUUGGAUUUCCCGCCCCGCCCGGCGGCCGGCUGCCUCCAUAGCGGCUCAGCAAGAAGAGACGCGACUGCCGAGCUCUGGGAACGGGAGUCUCCGAACGGAGUCGGAAACGCGACGGACAGGGAGGAAGGCUGACUGGGGGCAAGGUGAGCGAGGAACUGACUCCCUACCACAGUUUGACUCCAGCGGAGGUUUUUUCUGGGCUCGGGCAGUCCUGUAAGAGCAGGGCGCGGUGGCAACUGCAGCCGCACAUUUCCCUCUCGGACGGGAUUGGUGAAAGGUGCCUGGCCGGAGUGACGCUGCUGGCGGACCCCCUAGGCUGGCCUAGCCCAGAUCCCAGAGCCUAACGGUGGCCCGGAGGAGCGACCGACUCCCGCGUAGGCUGCCUCCUCCGCAACUCCCUGGUGCGCAGCGGUGGGCGGGAACACCUAGCCAGCGCAAUUUGAUCAGGCUGUGGCUGACAGGCAGGGAAGCCGGGCCUCCUGUGUAAGAUUGCAUUUUAUAAGGAACAGAAAAUAUGGGGAAGGGAAACAACAAAAAAGGCUCCCCGGCCCCCAAUCCUGAGAAUCAGGCAAUAGUGGACACUGCACCAAUAUACAUUAAGCGCCAUUUAGAGAGCCUCAUAGACCAAUUCAGGAAUGAAGUUAUCAAUGACCUGAAGCUAGAAGUAUGCAGAAUAGUUAGAGAAAUGCUAAGCACCACCCAGGAAAAAGCAGAUGGUGGAAUGGAAGAACAGGAAAAGAGGGGAGAAUUGCUUGAUGGAGAAAACAGAGAAAGCAUUGAGUAUGUGAAGCAGGUGCAAAGGGACUAUCAAGAAAUUAAGAAGUCUACCCAAGACUGGCAUAACAGCUUGAAAGAAACUAAGGACAGACUAUCUGAAUUGGAGGGCAGACUUGAAACAUGGGAGAAUGAAAUGAAAAACUUCUUAAAAAUAACAAAGAAACACACAGCAAUAAUACAAAGACAAGAAGAUGAUAAGAGGAGCCAUAACUUAAGGAUUAAGAACAUAAAAGAAGAAGUAGGGACACAAACAAGUGAACUACAAAAGCUACUCACAGAAAUAAUCCAGGAGAAUUUUCCUAAUUUAGCAAAAGGUAAAGAUACUCAAAUGUAUGAGGCAUACAGGACCCCAGCUACCUACAACCCUAACAGAGAAACACCCAGGCAUAUAAUAAUAAAAAUUCCAGAAAUUCAAUACAAGAACAGAAUAUUAAAAGCUGUAAGAGACAAGAAACAGAUCACUUACAAGGGAAUACCCAUCAGAAUUACAGCAGAUUUCUCUUCACAAACCAUCAAAUCACGAAGAGCAUGGGGAGAAAUAAUUCAAGCUUUGAAAGAUAAUAAUCUCCAGCCAAGAUUGAGAUAUCCUGCACAACUGUCCCUGGAAAUUGAUGGAAAAACGAGGUGCUUCCAGGAUAAAGAGGAACUGGGGGAAUUUGCAACCACCAAUUCAACCCUACAGAAAGUAUUGCAGGAUAUUCUAAAAAAAGAAAAAUACAAAGAACCCAGAAAUAGGGGCGGGGAGGCCACAACGAAUGGAGCAGAGAACAAAAUGAAGAAGACAAACUGACAGCUACUGACAGAAAAAGAGCUCAACAGAAAUGAGACAGAGAAGAUUGGAAGAUAGGAACAGCUUUUUUUGGAAAAAAGGACAUCUUAAUAGGUAAUGCUGAUUUAGUACCAUCUUGGUUUGAAGUCUCAUCUAGCGUUUGUUUUUCUGUCUCCAAUGGUCUAAACAGGUUGUAUCUUAUUGGAUUUUGUUAUAUACGAUAGUAUAAGAAAAAACCUUUUAAAGACAAGGAGAUUAUACAGAGACCAUUGUUCAUUUUCUGUUAGUCGAUUCUAAAUACUCUAUAAUGCUGUCAUUCUCUUAAAUGGAUUUACAUUGUUUUGAUAUACUUAAUGCUACAGUAUAUGAAGUUGUACUCAAGGACUUCAGGGAGGGAGUCAAUAUGGUAACUAUUUUUGGGUCAGGAUUAUCUGGUGGUGAAACACUAUUCUGCUUAAAUGGUUAUGUUUUGAUCUGCCCUGUUUCGCUGUUAUGCCCUCUUUUUUCUCAAUCUCCACUCCAUUAUUUACUUUUUUAUUUUUAUCCAUUUAAUUAAAGGGAAAAAUAUAGCAGGAUAUAAUAUAGUAACCCACUUUGACUUUCUAUUAUCUCGAUUUGAAGCCCUGUAUUACUCUCACCAUCUUGUUUUUGACUGAGGUUCCUCUAUUCUGUUUUGCUGGAUAGUAUCAGGUUCGAAAGUUUAGGCAUCAGCUGAGAAGAUAAUGAGAUUCAUUAUAACGCCCAUUCUCGUUGACUUUUAUCUACUUUUGAAGACCUACAAUAUCUCCAAUGUUUUGGUUUAGUUGGUUUUAUUCUUUACGGUUUUGUUCAAUUGUAGUACAACUAAUGAUAUAGGCAAUUCUAUUAGAAAUAGCGGGAGGCAUUAUGGUAACCAUUGUUGAUCACCUUGUAUUAUGUUUUUAUAUUAUCUAUUAUGUCCACCCUUUUGACUUGACCGAUUCUGUUCUGUUAUGUCACAUUUGCUUUUACUCUCUUCCAAAAAAAGCAAUAAGAACCGUGGGAGCAAUGAAACCCAAAAUGUGUAAUAGUCAUGGUACAAAAGAGAGGAAAAGAAAGUGCUCUAAACUAUAUAACUGCAUGUAUAUUUAAAUGUAUAAGAUAGAAAAUAAUAUCACAGAGUUUUAUUGGAUCAUUGAACAGAACUGUUUGCAGUACCAUUGUUGGAAUGUCCACUCUACAAGCUUUAAUUUUGUGACUUGAACAAUUAUUUCUAAGAUGGCAAUAUGUAAUCCAUUAACUAGUGAUUUCCUACUGUGCAUUUUUUAUUCUGUAAAUCUGUAUAACUUGUACCCCUUCACUGUUUUUUUUUUCUUUCUUUUCUUUUCUCCUUAAAUAAAAAAAAAUUUAUUUUUUCAUGUGAGUUUAAAAAAUUAAAGUGGUUGUUUUAUUUGGAGAUUA